UGGCGCUGCACCGAGCUUGAUCUCGAUCUAUCUAGAUUCUAAAUCUAGUCUAGAUCUAGAUCUAGAAUAAAUUUGCAAUAAAAGUCAUCCGAUUAGAUUUGAUUAACGAUUUAGAUCUAAAUCUAGAUCUAACUGUUAAAAAUAAAAGGAUCGAAGGUUUAGUUUUUGGAUUUAUAAUUCAAUGGCCAAUCAUUAAUCAAGUCAAAUAAGUUGAAAUUAGUUAAAUUUUAUUAGGCUAAUCAAAAUGGGAAAUACGUCAGUAGUUGCAAGUGGUGUAAAAAAUCAGGGAGAUACUGACGCUAGAAAAUUAUAUCAAUUUGUAAAUUUAAAAGGAGGAGGCGAACUGGUUGAGUUGACUAAAGUUGCAAGAUGGACUAAGAACUUUACUGAACUUGAUGAGAGAAUCAAACGGGAUGUUGAGCCAUUUCUGUACAAUGGUGGUAAAGGAAAGAAUAUCCCAGUCCUUGAUCUUGUCAAGAUGAGGAAUAAAGAUCGUCAGAAGAGUGGCAUCAAAGCCAGUAAAAGCAAACAGAAAUCAGCUCAGGACCAGGCGACUAUAGACAACAUCAUGCAGAUGGAUGAUAUAUUGUACAAACAAGGAGGGGACCAUAAGUCAAGGUUCCAGUGUUGGGAUAUUGAGAAGAGGGGAACUGUAGGGGAGACAAUCCUUCACCUCUGUCUGCUCAACUCUACACAAGCCCACGCUGACCUGGCCAAGAGACUGCUUAUGUUUUAUCCUAAGAUGAUUAAUGACAUUUAUAUUGGAGAGGAAUACUAUGGAGAAAACCUGCUACAUAUAGCCAUUGUCAACGAAGAUCCAGCCAUGGUCAAGUUUCUGCUGGACAAGGGCGUGGACUUUGAGGCCAGGGUUUGUGGCAAUUUUUUUACACCAGAUGACCAGAAGGGGUCCCGCACAGACUCGUUAGACCAUGAGUGGGUCAAUGUCUGCAAGGAGACUAAUUAUGAAGGGAAUGUGUACUGGGGUGACUACCCAUUGAGUUUUGCUGCUUGUCUUAACCAAGAGGAAUGUGUGCGUCUGCUGCUGGCUAAAGGCGCCAACCCCAACCUGCAGGAUUUAAAUGGAAACACCGUCAUGCACAUGCUGGUCAUCUAUGACAACAUUCCAAUGUUUGACCUACUUUAUAGUCAGGGGGGACGACUUGAUAUAAAGAACAGACAGAAUUUAACUCCCCUGACUUUAGCUGCUAAACUAGCCAAAAGAGAUAUGUUUGAGCAUAUUCUGGAGAUGGUCAGGGAAGUUUACUGGCUCUUCUGUAACGUGACAUCCGCUGGGUAUCCAUUAACAGAUGUGGAUACCAUAUCCAGAACAGGGGAAAUCAACAUGGAUUCUGCUCUACAUCUAAUAGUCAAAGGGAACCUAGAAGGUCACCUCGACAUGAUGGAUGGUGUCAUUGUCAAACUCCUGCAAGAAAAAUGGAAAACAUUUGUCAGCUUCAGAUUCUACCGCAGAUUUUUUCUCUUCAUCUGCUACUUCAUUUGUUUUGUGACGGCCUUCGCCCUGCGUCCAGGUGUGGACCUGUGUUCAAAACCUAACCAGAAUGUCACCCUCAGCUACUGUCAGGCCAACCAGACUGCCAACCCUUGUUACUUGCUCAUGCCUUACAGGACAGAGGACAUUGUGCGGAUGGUGUUGGAAGUAGUUGUCCUCAUCUCAGCUGUCAUCUACAUUUUCCUGGCCUUGAAGGAGAUCUACCAUCAGGGCUUUAAAGUUUUUUUCUCAACGUUGACGGGAGCCCCAGCGAAGACUCUAUUCCUGAUGUCCUGCAUCUUUGUUGUGUUGAUGUUGCCAGGCCGAGCCACGUGUGCCCACCAGUUUGAGGAUGUCGUUGGUGUCUUGGCCGUCUUGUGCACCUCUCCCUACUUUCUGUUUUUCUGCAGAGGUUUUCGCAUUGUGGGACCUUCUGUUGUGAUGAUUUACAACAUGAUCAGGAAAGAUUUGCUGCAGUUCUUUAUCAUCUAUGUGGUCUUCAUUGUAGGCUUUUCACAGGCCAUGUAUAUCAUAUUUAUGAGGGACAACCAAGAUCCAUUUAACAAUGCCAUUGAUUCCAUAAUGGGAAUGGUAGUCAUGUCCCUUGGCCAGUUUGGUGACUACUAUGACCUGUUUGGGCGCUCCAGGUUUACAAACUUUGCCAAAGUAAUUUUUGUUGUCUACAUGAUCCUGGUGACUCUACUAUUGGUCAACAUGCUGAUUGCCAUGAUGGGCCGCACUUAUGAGCUGGUCACAAACACACAGAAGGAGUGGUUUAGACAGUGGGCAAACAUAGUCCUAGCUGUGGAACAAACAGUGACCACAGAAAGCCGACGUCUGCAGAUGAUCAAGUACUCCGUGCCUUUUGGUGACAAAGAAAGGGCAUUGAUGAUACGCUGGCAACAAACAGAGAAAGAACGUGAAGAACAAAAGACAAUCAGAAACAGAAACAAAAUCUCCCAGAAGGCCAUGGCAUCACAGAAGGCCAGAGAGCGGCGUUCUAGUUUCCGUAAGAUGCCAAACAGAGAAAUUUCUUACGCCAGCGCUAAAACUGGUCUAGUUAACAUAUAACUAUAAGUUUCUGUAAGAUGCCAAACAGAGAAAUUUCUUACGCCAGCGCUAAAACAAUACACUGCCUCUUUGCAUCCCAUUACCACCCCAUUUUUCAAUACACUGCCUCUUUGCAUCCCAUUACCACCCCAUUUUUCAAUACACUGCCUCUUUGCAUCCAUCCAUUACCACCCCAUUUUUCAAUACACUGCCUCUUGGCAUCCGUCCAUUACCACCCCAUUUUUCAAUACACUGCCUCUCUACAUCCGUCCAUUACCAUCCCAUUUUUCAAUCCACUGCCUCUUUGCAUCCGUCCAUUACCACCCCAUUUUUCAAUCCACUGCCUCUUUGCAUCCGUCCAUUACCACCCCAUUUUUCAAUCCACUGCCUCUUUGCAUCCGUCCAUUACCACCCCAUUUUUCAAUCCACUGCCUCUUUGCAUCUGUCCAUUACCACCCCAUUUUUCAAUACACUGCCUCUUGGCAUCCAUCCAUUACCAUUCCAUCCUCCCAAAACUGCCACUUUGCAUCUUCCUGAAUUAGCCAUGAAGUCAGGGUACAACCCAUGCAUUAACUGGUAGAGAUCUACCUAAUUCUUACUGUAUUUUUUCUGAACCCUCAAAGUCAAAUGCAGUUGUUCUAUGGCAACAAGCCACUUUAUUAAGAGUUUUUCAUGUUUGUUCAAAAUGUCAAACUGUAUGUUGAAUGUAAUCAGAGACCCUUACAUGUAUACAUUUUAUUUUGAUACACAAAAUGAUUUGUUUUUAUCUUGUGUGUGCAGAUAUUGACCUUGAUAUUUUAAGGAUGAGUAAAAUUAGACUACUCAACAUCUGUAUUCAACCCACCCUAUAACCCCCAUAAGUUGUUCAAAAAAAAACAACUACACUUUUAGAUACUAGAAGAUAUUGUCUUUUAGAAAAUAUAUAGCUUUAUAAGUACUGGAAGCUUGUUUUGAAAAGUGAUUUUCCAGAAAUUUUUUAAUUCAUGACUUUCACUUUGCACUCACUCCCAAAAUAGCAGUAAAAAUAAGACAUACCAGUCGAUCAAAAUUUACACACACAAAAAUCAAAAUUAAAUUUCUCAAUGACUAAAAUGAAGGCCACAAACAUAAUGUCUAGUCAUCUCUUUAUUUUCCCACUGGACUAAAUCAAAUAAAGAGCCCUUGGUUCAUUUUCAAAUCUAGCGGGACCAUCUGCAGCUUCUGACAGGCAUUUUCAUAGUAAAAAUACUGAGAAAAUAUUCAGCCAUUUUAUAAUGAAAAUCAAAGCUCAUGUACCCAGAAACUAAGCUAGUGCUGGAAAUGGUGAACAGGGGGGAAAAAACAGAAAAAAGUCACAGAAAAAAAACCCAGAGAAAAAUCAGUUUUGCUAGGAAAAAAGUCACAAAGGAAAAAAUUUAAAAGAAAAAAAGUCACAAAUGUGUAUUAAGAAACAUUUUGAUUUACUUAUUGAGAAUUGGAAAGGGGUUAGACCCUCACUUUGUACUUAUAUAAUUUUGUAGUUACCCUGUCCAAACUACUUGAAAUGGACAUUGAUCGCCUAUGCGAUUUGGCCACAUUAAGUUUACACUAACAUUUUAUUCUUCCAAUUAAAAAAAAUAAUUUUUAAAAUGGGUUUUUCUAGUACAUUAAAGAUUUAAUUUUUUAAUGUAUUUUUCUAGCAUACUAAAAAUUGCAUUGUUUUUAAUUUAGUUUUGCUCGCACAGCUACAAUUACUUGUUUUUAAUACUUUUUCCUUUCACACUUAAUUAAAGUCACAUUUUUCUUAAUUUUGUUCUUUUAGUAUACUAAAAAAUUGGUUUUCUAGCAUGUCAAAGCUAACAUUUUAUCAUUUAUGUCUAACAAUAUUUAAUUCAUUGUUUUCUUCUUCCUAACUAAAUUAACAACUUGGGCAGACUCACAAGUAAGUAUUCCAUUGAUUAACAUUUAGUAUGCAACCUGUACUCCACAGCAACUAGAGAAAGAUGUUCAUACUUAGUCCUUGUUACAAAUAUUUAUUAGCACAUGUGCUUGUUAGAUAUUUAUUAGCACACUGAGGAAAACAAAGUACUUUCUUUAUGUAAAUAAAUAGUUUGAUGGACUGAGCUCUUUCUCUAGUUGCCAUGAUGUUUUGUAUUUGAAGGAAACCUUCACGCUGCAUGCCAACGGUGUCGAACCCAGUCACCCAACAGAGUAGUUGGAACUCAAAGAUGAGAAAACUGUCAGCUGUCAGUACAUACAAGUGACAAGUUUUGUCUGAUGUUUUUUACCAAAUGGUUUACCUGGUCAUGCUUUAGUAGCAUAUUGACGCUUAUUUUACUAAUAAACUAAAUUAACAAACCAAAAACAAAUCCAUUGUCCUACACUUGUAUCACUUGUAGUUGUAAACUAAAUGGCAAAAUGGUCUGUACUGCUGACUAAAACAGUGAGUUGAAGUUGAAUUGACUUUUGUAUGGAGAAAAAAAAAUAGCUGUGUCUUUGUACAAGGAGGAAUUAUGCCAAUAUGUACCAUAUGUGAGCAUACAUUUGUAUGAUUUCAUUUGACAAUGUUCUGUGUAUUGUAAGCUUAAUCUGGCUUGAGAAAACUACUUCUCUAAA